AGAGAGAGAGAGAGUCAAUAGAGACCACGCGCAGAGAAAAGAAAAGAAAAGAAAGGGUCUUUGUCUUUGUCUUCUUCUUCAUCAUCUCCCUCUCCUUUUUCUCUCCAUUAUCUUCGGGGGAAUCAUGAAUCUAGGGUUUUGUUUUCUCUCUUAACCCUAGGUUUCUUCUAUCGACUUGAUCAGCCUUACUAUCUCUUUCAUCUCCGUUAGCUCAUCAUCGCGAUUUAUAUGGAGGGAGCAGGAGAUACAACGACGCCUGAGGGGCAUCUGACUUCGGCAGCAGCUUUUGUUGAAGGGGGAAUCCAAGAUGCUUGUGAUGACGCCUGUAGCAUUUGUCUUGAAGCCUUCUGCGAAAGCGAUCCAUCUACUUUGACUAGCUGCAAGCAUGAGUAUCAUCUCCAAUGCAUUCUUGAGUGGUGUCAAAGGAGUUCACAGUGCCCAAUGUGUUGGCAAUCAAUUAGUCUCAAAGACCCCACAAGUCAGGAGUUGCUUGAGGCUGUUGAACAGGAGAGGAAUUUCCGCUUCAAUCCAUCUAGAAAUGCCACCAUAUUUCGUCACCCAACUCUCGGUGAUUUUGAACUACAACAUCUCCCAGUGGGUGUGGAUAAUGCGGAGAUUGAAGAACGAAUCAUUCAGCACUUGGCUGCUGCUGCUGCUAUGGGACGAGCAAGACAUGGGGCAAGAAGAGAAGGCCACAGAAGCAGGUCAUCAAGUCAAGGUCAUCCACAGUUCAUGGUGUUCUCUUCGCAUCCUAAUGCUUCGCCUCCUCCACCUCAUCCUCCCAUGCCUUCCUCUCCAUCUCAGAGAGAUGACAGUGACACAGUCACAAGCCUUCCUCACUCUCCUAACAAUACUUUAGGGGAGGGUUCUGUUCAGUCAAACAUGCAGCAACCAACUUCUUCACAUCGCCGCCAGGUUUCUCCAUCGGCAUCUGAUUCAAACAGCAGGUCUCUUAAUCAAUCGUCCCCCAGUGAUCAAGAUAGAGCUGGACCAUCCGAACUCCAAUCAUUUUCAGAUUCUCUGAAGUCUCGAUUAAACGCUGUCUCAACGAGAUACAAAGAAUCGAUAUCAAAGAACACAAGGAACUGGAAAGAUAGGUUUUUUUCUCGCAACACGUCCAUGGCAGAUCUUGGCUCUGAGGUUAAAAGAGAGGUCAGUGCCGGAAUCGCCACUGUGUCCCGCAUGAUGGACCGUCUAGAAAUGAAAGAAAACAGUAGACCCGACACUGCAUCUGUAUCAAAUGGCUCAGAAAAUCACACUCCUGAAUCAAACAAUGAGCAUACUAGAUCAGAAGCGGGUGAUGGACAUUCUUUGAAUGAAAGAGAUGUUAAAGGAACAUGUGCGGCUGGUUCUGGUUCAGGCUAAUAAAACAAGUGCCAGCAUCUUGUUGGCAAGGAGACGGGGAGAUGUUGUUUAUUGUGAAAUCCUGAUAUAUAUAUAAUAUAUACAGAGUCAGAAGUUUCAAACGUGUGGGAGCAUAGGAGGAGUUUCUGAUUCUAAAAAAAAAAUAAUAAAAAAGGUUAUAUGACCAAAAGGAGGCUUGCCUCGGAGACGAGACGCCUUCUUCUGUGUUGUGUUAUGUCAAAAAACUAAAAAAAAAAGAGAGUAUAGACUGUUGUGGGUUGAUCGGUCUGUUGUAAAUUGACAUUGUCGUGUUCACUUUACGGAUCUCUAUCAAUUCUGCUUAAAUGCUACUAUUAUAUGAAUGUUACUUGCUUAUCUUUAAAAA